GAUAUUUAUAUGAUAUUUAUUGGAUUAUUUGUUAUUGUUUUUUCUGAAAGUUUCUUAAAAUGUGAAUUUUUCUAAUUUUGCCGGCUAAAUCUACAUAUCUUGUAUUCUGAUACUUUAGCUAAUCGUUGAAAUUAGGUAUAUUACGAAAUGAAGAUGUGUGGAAAUAAACAAUAAGAUUUUCCAGUAUAAUAUUGUUGGUUGUGAUAAUUUUAAGUUUAUCAGUAUACGUUUGGGAAUAAUGCAAUCAAAAGAUGCAUUUUGUUUACAAUGUCAGAAGUUUGCUUUGACCCCUUCGAAUCGCUUAGUGCAAGACUCUUGUGGUCACAAAAAAUGUCGCUCUUGUCUCUUAAACGAUGUAGAACAAUGUAAACAAUGUAUACCAUUAAAUAGAAAUAAUACUGAAAGGCAAGAUGUUUGUCAAAAUACUGAUUACCAUACCGCUGUGAUUCAAUGUAAUGGCAAAGCAAAAUUGAACUGUGAUAGAAUCACAGAGAAUGGGGAAGGUGAAAAUGAAAUAGGGAAUGUGAAAGAGAACCUUAUAAAUCAGGUGAAAAAUGAUGAACCAAAAAAUGAGAAAACUAUCACUAAGAAGAGAGCUAUAACUAUUCCUAGUCAUGUAACUGUGAAGUCUGAUCCCAUUUCAUAUUUUUGUACGGUUUGUAAUAAAACAUUCCUAACUAAAUCUCAUGUGAAGUACCAUCAAUUUUGUGGAGGAGAAUUUAAGCCGUACAAAUGUGCAACAUGCUCAAAGGAAUUUAUAACCAAGACUCAAUUGAACCUACACAUGUACAGUCACGGAGAUGUAAAACCAUUCUCUUGCUCCAUCUGUCAAAAAUCAUUUUUGGAGAAGACCAAACUAUCGAGGCAUAUGAUUUUGCACUCAUCAGAAAAGAAAUACUCAUGUCCAGAAUGUGGCAAAGCAUUUAAAAGCAAAGAGUCCCUAAGAGUACAUUCUUUGAUUCAUUCGAACGAGAAACCCUAUACUUGUAAUGUAUGCUCUUCGAAAUUUAAUAAUUCUUCCAAUUUAAAAAAGCAUUUGGUGUCCCAUACUAGUGAAAGAACUCAUAUGUGUGAUACUUGUGGAAGGAGAUUUAAACUAAAAUGGUCAUUAUCUGUGCAUAAGAAGUCACAUUUGAAAGUUAGAUCUCACCAGUGCAAUAUUUGUUCCAAGUCAUUUGUCAAUCAAAAGGAUUUGCAAAGGCAUAACUUAAUUCAUGCAGAAACGAAAGGGUACGCUUGCGGCAUCUGCAGGACGGGCUUCCGGCGCAAGGACAACCUGCACCGGCACAUGAAGAACUCGCACCCAGGUAAGACGGCCGAGGUAAUUGAGCGGCGCGUGCGCCGGCGCGCCACGCCCACCGAGGGCAGCGCCGGCGCGGCCGUCGUGGUCGACAACCCCAACGCCAUUAACGUCAUCACGACGGCGCCGCUGCUGGACAACGGCCGCGGCCGCCGACCGCCCACGCCCCGCCCCCAAUCACCUAAAUCUACUGAUUCUAGGAGGCCGAGCGGCGCCGGCGUCAGCGUCAUCAACGGACCGAUCAAGCUCGCCUUUAAGACGCCGGCUUUCAAGAGCCAUUACAAUAUUGCGAGAGACUGCAGCUUCGUACCACCUGCUCAGAUUGCGAAGCCUCUACCGCUCUCCGAAUCCGUAGACAUUGCCAACAAGUUGCUGGAACCUAACGACUCACCUAGGAUCACCAGAACUGAAACAAUAUCUACAGAAAUCUACCAUAAAAUUCUUUCUCUACCCAGCCACAGCUCCGUUGAACAACCUCCAGCAAAACCAAACCCUUCACCAAAACCAAACCCUCCACCUCCAAUUAUCAUUCCCCAAACACCUUCUUUGCUUCCUCCAUAUUCCAGUCCUUUUCACUACGAAACGUCAUUUCAAAAUCGCAAACACGCUAUGAUCAAAAAUAUCAAAUUUAAAGUGCCAGAACAAUACACAAACCUUUUCAAACAGAACAACAACAAUAAUAAUAACAAUAAAUCAACAGAAACGAGUAUUAAAGAUGAUAGUGGUUCUUGUGCAACUUCAAACACGGAGAACACUAGUGUUAUAGUGAAUUCCAGCGGUCAGUCUAGUGAUUUACAUUGGAGAAGACGAACUUCUCAGAAUCUGGUUCUAAAGAAUUAAAAAGACUGUGUUUAUGUUAAGUAUCUUUGGUUAAUUGUAGGUCAGUGAUUUUUUUAUGUUAAUAAAAUUGUUUAUCAGA